AUGACUGCCCGGGAAAGGGUUCUGACAAGAAAUUGUAAUACUUUUACAUAUAAGACAUGUGAUGACGUGUGGUCUAGUGGAAAAACUAAAUCCGGAGUAUAUAUUAUGGACGGUACAGGUGUGAUGUGUGAAUUCAAGAAAGGUGCUACAAUCAUGACAGUUUUACAUCCCGAUUGGGAAUGCAGGGAAAGAAUAUAUUUUGAUUUUCUGGGUGGAGACAGGAGUGGUAUACUGAUACAUCCAAGAACACUUGUAUACAAUGCCGGCAAUGCUGGGUAUACAUGUAAGCAAAAGGUAUCUAGGGUUUAUAAAAGAUUUGAGAGAGUGGCCCGAGAGGCAGAUGGAGUUUAUAAUUCAACUUCGGAUACAGUAACAAUUGAAGUAGACUAUAAAUAUGAUGACAAUCAUCAUGUAAACAGUUUUAAUUAUAUCAUGUGGCAACCAGACUUCAUCUUUGGAGUCGAAAAUAUGACAGUUUUAUCAUGGACAAAAAUGGAUUUUGCUAAAUAUACGUAUGACUUUGGAAAGAUUAGUUGUGUAAAAGAAACAAUGAGAGAACCAACAAAUCAGUUGUCCUGUGGUGAAGGAAAUGUUCAAGUCGCUCCAGUAUCGAAGAAGUGCAUUUAUGAAUUAGACGAAAAAGGAAAAUCACUCGGAUGCAAAUCAGUGGAACACCUAACAGAUUGCGAAACGUUUGUAUGUAAUGAUGGCUACUUCAAAUGUCCCAAAAGUUUUUGCUUACCGGAUAAGUUUGUAUGUGAUGGUAUUAAACACUGCUCGGACAAUGAAGAUGAGCAGGACUGCCAGUGGUGUUCGGCGCCAAAGGGUGAUAUGGUUUUUGCAGGAGUUCAACAUGAAAAGGGUCUUGGUAGUGCUGAGUUACAGUCAGUGUUUCGACUUGCGUCUCUAUUCCGCCCGGCUAGUUAUGUUGUUGUGCUAUUCGAGACAGUUCCUAAAACUGUUUUGGACAAGAAGACCAUCAACGCUCAUAUAUAUCAUGAUGUUUAUACACAGACGGUGAUUCCAUGCAAUUUAGUCACAUCAGCUACUGAACAGUUGUGUUUAGAAAAUUUAUUUAGAAUUGCCAACAUCACACAUCCAUUCAAAGCUGUAAUUUGGCUUCAGCCAUUACUGACUCCUAUACAAAAACUUCUUGACCAGAAUCCAUUCCCAUCUUUAUUUAUCUCUUUUAAUUUGUUGUGGAUUGUUAAAAUAGAUCCUUCUGAACAAUAUCCUCUUAAAAUUGUUCACGAUCAAAUAACUGAAGUUAAAGUACAGAGCUUCAAAAUGCUUAGAACGAUUGGAACAGGGAUCUUUCAAGAAUUCUGUAAAGGAUCGCCACUUAAAGCAUGUGCAAAUGGUUAUCGAUGCAUUUACACUCGCAUCUGUAUUCCUUUAUCACAUGUUUGUGAUGAGAAGAUCGACUGUCCUCAUAAGGACGACGAACAUAUGUGCGGAUUUAAAUGUCCGCCAAAGUGUACAUGUGAGGGAACCUCUGUUAAAUGUACGAACGCAUCUUAUAACGUCAUAAAAAACUUAUCGUAUACAACACGUAAAGUAGAUACAAGCCAUUCUGUGUAUAGAUACCAGGUACUAGGGUACGAAAAGAUUUUGCCUUUCUUGGCCAUACUUGAUAUGUCAGAUUGCAAAAUUGAAGCGGUAGAAGAUUUAGGGUGGUCUGUUAAUAUUCUGGAACUGGACAUAAGUAAAAAUCUCAUUACAAUAAUAAAGAAAAAUGUGUUUUCUCCUUUAAAACGAUUGAAAAGGCUUAAUUUAGGUGGCAAUACUUAUCUGACGAUACUAGAGCCAAAUAGUUUUAGUGGAUUACAGCUGUUUGAAUUAAAAUUAAAACAUACCAAAAUAACUACACUAAUAGCUCGAACAUUUGCCGGACUUCAGGUGAAAACAUUGGAUAUAUCAAACAAUCAGAUUCAAACUAUUGCCGGAUACGCCUUUGAAAAUCUGAAGGUAGAAAACCUUCUAAUAAAUGAAGUAUCAAUUGAAACAUUUGAUCGUAACAUAUUUUAUGGAAUAGAAGGUCUUGAGUUAUUACAGACACCGGCUUACAGAUUUUGUUGUGUUAGACCUUUUAAUUUUCCAGAAGAGAAGUGUUACCCAGAAAAAGACGAAUUUUCAUCUUGUGCUGAUCUUAUUGAAAGUAGAACUCUUCAAAUUCUACUGUGGGCAAUGGGACUCCUCUCCAUUGUUGGGAAUAUAUUAUCUUUAGUUUAUCGUAUUCGGUACGACAGUCAACGUCUUAAGCUCGGAUAUGGAAUUUUUGUGACAAACUUGGCGGUAGCUGAUUUUCUGAUGGGUAUAUAUCUGAUGACAAUUGCAGUGGCAGAUAUUAUAUUUAGAGACAGGUACAUAGAAUUGGACAUAUAUUGGAGAAACAGUACGUGGUGCAAGAUGGCAGGAGUGUUAUCAACCAUAUCUUCAGAAAUGAGUGUCAUGAUUAUUUGCCUAAUCACCAUCGACAGAAUGCUAGUCAUAAAAUAUCCAUUUGGAACACUUCGAUUUAGACCAUCUUCGGCUGCAUUUGCAGUGUCGUGCUGUUGGAUUGGAUCUAUAUUCAUUGCAGUGAUACCUCUUUUAGGAAUUGAAUAUUUCGGAAACUCGUUUUAUGGAAGCUCAGCAGUUUGCCUUGCACUACCUUUAAGUCGAAGAAGAAGUGAUGGGUGGCAAUACUCGACCGCAGUUUUCAUUGGUUUAAAUUUCGUGUUGUUCAUAUUAAUUGCUGUCGGUCAGCUAUUAAUAUAUGGCGAGAUUAACAGGCAAUCAGCUGUGAAGCGGAAGAUGAACAUUGCAAGAAGAAACGAUUUGACAGUGGCGAGGAAUCUUCUACUACUUGUUCUAACCGACUUCAUGUGCUGGUUUCCUAUUGGAUGUAUGGGACUAAUGGCUAUUCGGGGUAAUUAUGUGCCGAGAGAAGUGUAUGCAUGGACAGCCAUUCUUAUUUUGCCAAUAAAUUCGGCGUUGAACCCAUUCCUUUAUACGUUUUCCACAUUAAUUACAAAAAUGAAAGUCGUACCUGACACUGAAGAGCAGGCUAGGGGUAAUCAAAUAGAAGAGGUUACCCAGACAGUGCUGGAGAUAAUAUCGUACUUUAGUAUGAAAGCUUACAGACAACACACUCGUGUUAGCAAUCUUGGAAACUGUUUACAAGAGGAAGGAAUGGAGAAGAUUGACAGACUACGUUUAGUUUGUCAUUUAUCACGUUGUCUAUUUCUCCUACAUGAUAAUGACUUAAUUUUGCCCGGGCUGACACUGGAGACCGUAUUAGUUCGUUUGAAAUUACAUAAGAAUAAAAUUUCCCGGAUACAACUCGAACAGCCAAUUGUGUGCAAAACCAAAAUGAAACGUGCAGAAAAUAUGUAUCAGCUCGCGACAUUAAUUACAAAACUUUUUCCGGAGUUGUAAAUAUCCACCCUAGAACAGCUUAAAACGAGUUCCCUGAGCAAUGUGGUGUGGGUGCUCCUCUACAAUUUUUUUUAUAAUUUUGUUGUUGUUGUAAAACUUUUUUGUUUAUUGUCUUUGAUUUAUAAACCUUUUUUAACAUAUUAAUUUAAACUGAUUGCCAGUGUAAAGCUUAUUUGAAAUGUUUUUAAACCUUACAUUCUAGUUUAACUUACUCGUGGUUCUUCUUUAUGUGUAUGUAGUUGUCUUGAUUUAAAUAUAUGAAAACAAUUUGGUUGUGAUUUAUAUUGUUAAAUGUUGGUUCUUUUAAAGUUAUAAUUAAUAG